AUGGCUGUGCAGCUUCCUUGCGAUGAGGGGGUAUGUUUGGUGUGCAAGGCAGUGCCUGGAGAGGAAGAGACGCUUCGAUGCGUCACCUGCGACACUCCUUGGCACGUCCCGUGCCUCUCCGUCCCUCCGCCCACUCUUGCAGCCACCACUCGCUGGUUGUGUCCGGACUGUUUUAAUCCUCACCUUCCACCCGUCCCCGCUCCCCCUCAAAAUGAACUCGUCACCGCAAUGUUGGCUGUUGAAAACGACGCUUCUCUCACGCCAAGCCAGAAGGCCAAGAAACGUCAACAACUCAUCACUGGAAAAGCUCUUCCGGAAGAAGACGAAGAAGAAGACGAUGAUAAAUCGAAUAACGCUUCCGUGUUUGAUAUUCUAACUCGAUCUCUCAACUGCUCCAUCUGUUUCCAGUUACCGGAGAGACCCGUCACGGGGAACACGGGCUGUGUCAAGUGCCGGCAGAUUAUUCCGCCAAAGAUGGCAAGCCAGCCCCGUAUCAAUUCUGCAUUGGUGUUUGCGAUUCGCCUUGCCAGGGCGGAUUCUAGCAGGAAUGGUGGUGCCGGAGGAGUUAGGUCUGUCAGCCAUUUCCUGCACAAUAAAGACAGACCCGAUGAGCCGUUCACCACAGAACGUGCACGGAGGAAUGGCCGUGCCAAUGCGGCCAGUGGAAAAAUAUUUGUGACUGUGCCUACGGAUCAUUUUGGUCCAAUCACGGCCGAGAAUGACCCUGUGCGGAAUCAGGGCUUGCUGGUCGGUGAAAGUUGGAGAGACAGACUGGAAUGCAGGCAAUGGGGUGCUCACUUUGUUCCUGUGGGUGGCAUAGCUGGCCAAUCAGAUCGAGGUGCACAAUCUGUUGUUCUUUCUGGUGGUUAUGUGGAUGACGAGGAUCAUGGAGAAUGGUUUCUCUACACUGGAAGCGGUGGUAAGGAUCUUAGCGGCAACAAACGUACCAACAAGAGUCACUCUUUUGACCAGAAGUUUGAGAAGUACAACCGUGCACUUCAAGUUAGUUGUCUCCAGGGUUAUCCUGUUCGGGUUGUCAGAUCUCACAAAGAAAAGCGAUCUUCAUAUGCCCCAGAGAUUGGCGUGCGGUAUGAUGGAAUUUAUAGAAUUGAAAAGUGUUGGCAGAUAGCGGGAUUGCAGGGUUUCAAAGUUUGCCGGUAUCUAUUCGUUAGGUGUGAUAAUGAACCAGCCCCUUGGACAAGUGAUGAUGUUGGAGAUAGGCCCAGAGCCUUGCCGGUCAUUCGUGAACUGAAAAAGGCUACAGUUAUAUAUGAAAGGACUGAAUCUGCAUCUUGGGAUUAUGAUGCGAAAGAUUCUCGUUGGAAAUGGAUGAAACCACCACCUCCCAGCAGCAAAAAGGUACAAAUUGAAGAACCCGUAGAGGUAACAAGGGCAAAGACAGAUAGCGAUAUAAGGAAGUUCCAACUUAAGUCUAUCAAGGAACAAUUGCAUAAAGGGUUCUCGUGCAUGAUAUGUAAGGAAGUUAUGGUUUCACCAGUGACUACACCUUGUGCUCAUAACUUCUGCAAGUCCUGUUUGGAAGGUGAAUUUGCUGGUCAGGCUUUUGUGAAGGAGAGAAGUAGGGGUGGGAGAACGCUUCGUUCCCAAAAAAAUGUGAUGAAAUGUCCUUCCUGCCCUAUUGACAUUUCUGAUUAUCUUCAGAACAUUCAGGUUGAUAUAGAUUUGAAGAGUGCGAUUGAGUCACUGAAAGCCAAGGUAGAAGAAAUUGAAGAAUCACUGGAAUCAAGUGAAGAUGCAGCAGAUGGAUUUCAGGACAAAGGUGUUGGCAAGGAUGACGUUACUGAUUCAGGGAACCAAAAUUCUGUAGAGCAGUUGAAUGAUCUACCUGAAGGAUCUGAUGUCGAUGAGCUUAAAGACACCAAUACUAAGGGGCAAGAUCGAGAAGUAAUGUGCAAUGGAAAGAGAAAGAAAGGUGCUGAUGAAACACAAUCGCCUGAUGAUAAAAUGGAAGAAAGAGUUAAAAGAAACAGAAAGACCAGCAGUCGCUGA